UUGAAAAUUGUGCAUGAUUUAUAUUGCCUAACUGCAAAGUUUUAAUAAAAAACAGCAAAAUUCAUAAAGUUUCACGAACUUUUUUUUCGUAAUAUGCCACCAAAGCUGGUGUGGCAAAUCUGUGUUGAAAAAUUUUUGCUCGAUGUAUAGACAAAUCAGCUGUUUGGGCCCAAAAAUCAGCCGCUGAAAGUCUGCAACCAAUUAUAUUUUUCAAGCAGCUUAGAAUCACUAUUUUGAAUAUUAUACGAUGGCAGACAAUGCAGAUAACAGAGGUGAUACACCUGCCCAACCACCCUCGGCUCCACCACAACCACAACAACAACCGCAGCCACCGCCGGGCGUAAAUAAUCCCAAUAUCAAUAGGAAUGUGCCAAACUUUGCUAAUGUUUGGAAUGUGGAUCUUGCAGCGAAUCCAUUCAAUUUCAACAACCGGAAUCGUGGCGGACAAAAUAACCUGAUGAAUGUACGCGAUCGCCUCUUUCACGCCAUUUAUUUCAAGAUUGCUCUUAUGUAUGCGCAAAUAUUUCCCAAGCCUCUGCAACGAGUUUUGGAAUAUUUCAUAUUGCUCAAGGCAUUGUUAUUCUUCUUCGCCUUGGUUUAUAUACACUUGGCAUUUAUCAAGAAUCCCGCUACAUGUUUGCAAAAUGUCAAAGAUUGGCCACGCGAUGGAGUGCUGAGAGUUGAAGUUAUACCGAAUUUGGAGAAGCAGCGUGAUUUAUUGUCGAAGACAAAAGCCAAUGAGCAGUUAAUACGUUACUUACAAAAUUAUUAUCAUUAUGGCAUUGGUCCGCAAACCAAACUCAAUCAUGAUCGCCUAAAGCAAUAUGAACGCACAUUGACACGUUCCGGUUAUCAAUUGCGGCCCACAUUCACCUAUUCAAAUGAAACAUUAAUCUAUUAUUUCAAAACGGAAGCCAUAACUGGACAGGCUGUUGAAAAUAAGGCCAUCGAGCAGUUGGAAAAGUCGGAUAAUGACGAUGAUGAGCAGUAUAUUGUGGAAUAUUCAUUAGAGUAUGGGCAUUUACGCCUUUCACCAGCAACACGUAAACGUCUGAAGAUCCCCGUACGUGUAGUGCAAUUGGAUCCGAUGACUGACAAAUGUUUUGGUGAUAAAUUUAGCAAAUUUUUGCUUAAACAACUGUUGGGUUAUGAUGACCUGCUAAUGUCCUCAGUGCGUGUGAUUGCUGAAAAGGAAGAUAAUAAAGGGUAUUUGCGUAAUGUCAUAACCGGUGAGCAUUAUCGUUUCGUGUCAAUGUGGUGGGCAGCAUGGAGUUCGUAUCUAACGGCAUUUUUUGUAAUGGUGCUUUUUACAUUUUCUAUUUCUAUGCUUUUACGCUUCUCGCAUCAUCAAAUAUUCGUUUUUAUUGUUGAUCUUUUACAAAUGCUGGAAUUCAAUGUCACCGCGCGUUUUCCCAUUGCUCCACUGCUCACUGUAAUUUUAGCACUCGUUGGCAUGGAAUCAAUAAUGUCUGAGUUCUUUAACGAUACAACAACUGCAUUCUAUAUAAUAUUGAUUGUUUGGGUGGCGGAUCAGUACGAUGCCAUAUGCUGCCAUACGAGCAUCACCAAACGCCAUUGGCUAAGAUUUUUCUUUUUGUACCAUUUUGCAUUCUACGCUUAUCAUUAUCGCUUUAGUGGACAAAACCGUAGCUUGGCAUUGGUAUCUUCUUGGCUCUUUAUACAGCACUCAAUGUUCUAUUUUUUCCAUCGUUACGAGCUGCCCGUCAUUAUUCAACAAGCGGAAAUACUUAUCAUAACAAACAAUCAGAAUGUGGCGGGGAAUGGUCCACAACGACAACAACAGCAGCCGGGUCAGGGACAGCCGGCUGCCUUACUAAUGGGACGUCUAUUUCGGCGCCCAGCUGACGCACAGCAUCAGCAGCAACAACAGCAGCAACAGCGACAACAGCAAUACCAACCAACCCUCGAAGCAUUACGGAAUCAGGCGCUAACACCCUAUGUUGGUGACUAUGUGCGUGACUACCUACAGCGGCGCGGUGGAGCAGUGGACACGCUACGACGCACGCUGCUACAGCCACGUGUUCGCGUGCAAAUCGCCAAUUUGCAGCGCAUUAAUUUGAGUGCCAUUCAGAUAAAUCCAGCGAAUCUGGAUGCGAUCGCCCGAGCCAGCGAAGCAGCAGGCGGCGAGACGGCAUCAGCCGCAUCUUCAACAGUGAAUGUCGGUGGUGGUGCAGGUGGAGCGGAGGGCACUAUUACCAUCAGACAGGUGGCAAAUGCAGAUGCGCCUACAAAUGGUGCAAGUGGUAGCAGCAACAACAAUACGGGCAACAACCAUGGCUCCACCAUAGGCAUUACAAUCUCUUUCAAUACCGCAACGCAAGAGUCGGGCGGCGAGGGAAGAAUCGCCACGGUGGUGGGCGGUGAUGGGCAAACUGUAUUAGCUGCCACGUCGGCGGACGAGUUGACAGCAGGAAUUACGGUGAAUGCUGGCGCGGAAUCACAACCAUCGUCAACAACAUCAACAGGGGCCGAGUCAAAAGAGCAGCCAGAGCAAAUUGAAGUCAACACCAUAGUGGCAACCGCGGAAAAUGACGAAGUGAACGGGCAAAAGUCGCCUCAAACCCAAAUAAAUAUUCAACCAAGCUUAGAUAUCAACCAGCAAGCGCUACUUAAAGAAGAAACUGUAAAUGCAGAGGAUUCACUGGCAAAUGGUACUUGUGACAAUGCUAAUGGUCUACACAACCAAAGAGCAGAACUCAAAGAAGAAGACUCAUAUGCAGCGAGUAUAACAAAAACUGCAAAAGAGGAAAGUAGCGGUACUUCAGUCGAAUUGACUGGUGGUAAACCAACUUUUGCGGAGUCCUCAACGACAUUUGAGCGUGACCCAGAGGUGGUGGCCAUAUUAGACACAUCUGUGCCGCUGCCUGCGCUGCUACCAACAGCAUUGUCCGAAGUGACAGCGCCCAUAUCCACGAUAACAACUGUAGCAACAACACCUUCAGCUUCAGCAUCAGCACCAAGCACGCUUGCCGUACUUCAGCACACACAGCUGACAGCCGCCGACCCGGAUCCAACUAUAAAUGCUACUUCAACAACUACAACAGCAGCGUCCAGCGCAUCAAACGAAAGCGUGGCUGCUAUCGGCACAGCAGACGCCGGAUCCGAACCCGUGCUUGUGAAAGGCUUCACUCCACCAGCUGCACACGAAAAGGCGACCACCCUGACAAUGUCGCCGGCGGAACAGUGGUCAACUGCUGCUGACUGCGUCUCUAAGCCACAGGAUGCAGCUUCGACGCGGUGCGCUGUCUCCGCUCCGAGUGAGGUGUCUGAGGUGUCCUUAAACUAAGCGCGCAUUACUUAUAGCUUAUGUUUGUCAUAAUGACUGCGAAAAAGUGUUUAGCCAAACAACAGUUACGCAAUGAGAAGACCUAACAAAUUUUAGUUCAUUUAUGUAUGUAUGUAUAUGUAAGUGGAUGUGAAAUAUGCAAAUACUUGUAUUAAACAUUUUUAUUAGC